AUGCGAUACGUUUUCAAGUCCGACGCGGGCUCGCUCUUUGCCAUGAAACUCCGAAACAACGGCAAAUUGGACAUUCGAGAAAAUCUCUACUCCGGCCUCUUCGUCUGGACCAAAGAUGUCUGCGGAAUGGACUUCAUGCGAGCAAUGGAAGAUGGUCGUCUGACCAUCACUUUGAUUGACAGCACCGAUAUCUACGAUUUGAAACAUGUUCACUACAAAUCCUUUGCAAAAUACUCCUCGAUCGGCAUCAGCUUCGACUUGACCGAGGUAGUCACCAAGGACACUCCAUGGAAAUUCAUCAAGGGCGUGCCGACCAAAAACCUCGCUUCCGACGACGUUCAAAUCAUGAUAUCCGGCCUGGACAAAGUCUCCUUCCUCACGACUGAAGAAAACUGCUUGCUCACCGGCGCCGCUGCCUACCUUGAAGCUCGCGAGUACACAGAUCUUGAGCGCGCUUGCUUGAUCGAAGGAAAGACUUUCUGGUCCAAACCUGUUCUUCCCGCUGCUUGA